GCCACUGUUCACAGUGACAGUCAUAACAAGAUUCGUUCAAACAAACGCCUAAAACCCUGGCUAGCUUCAUUCUAAACACAUGCGUCACAUUUUUGCCAUUACAAGUGAAAUCGGAAACCUCUUCCUGGUCUUCAGAAACGGGACAAAAGAUUUCGCCAUUCAUGAUUAUGAAGAUAGAAUGAGACCGUUAAAUCACUGGGCGCUGGCAACAAACAAACCGACAUUCAUUCCGGAGCAGAGCGCACUCCAGGCAGAACGUGUGCUGUGAGAGGGCGAGUACAGGAUGAAGAACUCCGACAGAACACUUUAUGAAAAAGACCCUGUCUCCUCCAGGGUUAUCACAGUGGUUUUCUUCGCUUUACUGCUGGAUCUGCUGGGAUUCACCUUGAUUUUACCUCUUCUGCCUUCUAUUCUUGACCACUAUGGAAAAACCGAAGAUGCUGUGUAUCAGUCACUGCAGGGCCUUGUUGACUGGUUUAGAGAAGCUGUUGGGGUUCCUAUUGAGACAAAAUACAACACUGUGCUCUUUGGAGGUCUGAUCGGCUCACUCUUCUCUCUGCUGCAGUUUCUGUCCUCACCCCUCUCUGGUGCAGCAUCAGAUCACUAUGGUAGAAGACCACUGAUGAUGCUAACUACAGUGGGACUGAUGUCUUCCUAUGCUUUGUGGGCCAUGUCACAUAGUUUCAGUGUAUUUCUGCUGUCUCGAGUGGUAGGUGGCAUCUGCAAGGGUAAUGUCAGCCUCUGUACCGCCAUUGUGGCAGACCUGCCCUGUCCGAAAACACGCAAUCAAGGAAUGGCAAUCAUCGGUGUGGCUUUCUCCCUGGGCUUUACAGUGGGUCCUCUGAUUGGGGCCUACUUUGCGCGCAGGUCCAGUGUAGAGGAGUUGUUCUACCUGGGCCCAGCUCUACUGGCGCUUUUCUUCUCUGCAGCAGACCUACUCUUCAUCUUCCUCAUGCUGCCAGAGACGCUGCAUAAGGACAUCAAGGUCUCUGCUGUCUCUUCAGGGAUCCAAGAAACAAUAGACCUUCUCAACCCAGUGGCUCUUUUUCAGUUUUCUGCUGUGUCAAGGAAGGAAGUUUCACCGUCUAAAGACAGUAUGCUGAAUUUGAAAAUGCUGGGAUUGGUGUACUUCAUGUACCUUUUUCUCUUCUCUGGACUGGAGUACACUCUCAGCUUUCUUACACAUCAGCGCUUCCAGUUCACCAGCAUGCAACAGGGAAAGAUGUUUUUCUUCAUUGGUAUCACCAUGGCAGUGAUACAGGGGGGAUAUGCCCGCAGGAUCAAACCAGAGCAUCAGAUCAAGACUGUUCAACUGGCUAUCUUGUCACUGAUCCCAGCUUUCAUUCUCAUUGGAUUAUCUUGGAAUUUGAGUAUGCUCUACACUGGAUUGUUUCUGUACUCAUUUGCAGCUGCAGUUGUUGUUCCUUGUCUCUCUGCUCAGGUCUCUGAACAUGGUUCAGCAAGUCAGAAGGGCACAGUGAUGGGAAUCCUGCGCAGUUUGGGGGCACUGGCUAGGGCACUAGGCCCUAUUGUUGCAUCUUCAUUGUAUUGGCUGGCUGGAGCUGAGUCAUGCUUUAUUGUCAGUUCAGCCCUUUUUGUUUUCCCGCUGUUCUUGCUGAGGAGACACAGAUGGUCCAAGGAGGAGUGACAGGAAGGGCUGAUGAAGAGGAGAAGCAGUCACCCAAGGCCAAGCCUUGAAGGAGCUUCUACCUUUGUGCUGCUGUGCACACACAAUCCCAUUUUGAUUUUUAUGGUGGGGGUUUUAUAUUAUUUUUGUACAUCUUUUCCAUUUUCCUAUGUGCAAACUGUAAAUAAGCCAGAGGGUAAUCAUUUUAGGAGUUUGUCCAAUCGUUGUCCGUAUACAGAUAUCUGUAACAGAUUAGUCCCUUUUUAUGACAGUUCAAUCUAAGGAAAAAAAUUCUUGGUUCUAUACUUUUUCUCAUUCUUAAAUGGAAAAUUUGAUUGCUGAUACGAUCUAAUAUCACACAAAGAUGAGCCCACAAGAAACUGAAAAGGAAAACCAAACAUGUUAAUGUACAAAGCCACAGUUAUUGUUUGUAUAUUAUUACAUAAGUGUCUAUUCAUACUGUGGAAUAAUAUGUUUGAUAUUUGA